AUGUCUCGAUUUGCUAUGGUUAUUGCCCUCAGCCUCUUCUUACUCCUUUAUUCGGUAACAGUAAUGGGGCAAAUGGAAGCUGGCAUGGCCGGGGAGAUGGCUUACGGGAUUCUGAACACGGUAUACGCUUUAAAUACGGAUAGAGUCAGGAAGAUUAAACCGUAUUUCGAUUGGGGACGUCAUCAUGGUAAGGAUAAUUGAGGUAUAAAUGACGGUUCAGCUGUAACUAAUGGAUUAAACGUUCUGAAAUCAAGUACCCAGCCUACGACUACAGAAACGAGGACCACCACGGCGCCUGUUUCAACUACUCGGACGACGUCCUCAGCCUCUACAACUCAUACAGCAACACUUGAGAGUGUUGUUCGAUCUACAACAAAUCUUUUUCCAUUAACAUCACCAGCUCCGUUGUCUACAUCAACAACUUCUGCACCAGUUAUUCCCACAAAAUGGACUCACAAACACAGGACACAUCGACCGCGAGGACCUAAGAACACCAAGGGAUUAAAAACGGGAAAUUUGAAGAAAAAUAAAAGAAUUCGAGUGGAUGAAGAAGAAGAUAAAAGUCCCAAGGAAACAACUGAAGCCAUUCAAACAACUACGGAGCUCUCACAUGAAGAUUUGGAUAAAGAUGUGACUCUUGGAGAAGAGACGACCUCCCAAGGUAGUGUAACAAACGAUCCGAUCUGCAAUGGAGAAGGAGAAUGGUCAGAAUGGGGAGAUAUGGGGAAAUGUAGUGAAGAAUGUGGGGCUUGCGGAGUGGUGCAGAGAUUCAGAAAAUGUCUCAGCUUUAAGAAUGGGACUGGAUGCCCGUGCAGGUAAGCGAACUCCUCUGUGGCUGACCGUAAUUACAUAAAUUUAGUGGUAAUUAUAAAACAGUAAGGCCUUGCAAUGUGCAAACAUGCAAAUUCCCGAAGCCUUCUUGCUGCCCGCCUUACGAUCUGAUGUAUAAACAUGAGAAAUUUUGGUGUGGUCCGCAGGAAGAGGACGUUUUAAACGAUGCACUAAAAGAAAUAAAAUAA